AUGCCUCUUCUCGCGCUUCCAAACGAACUGCUGUGGCUGAUCGCUGAGGCUCUGCCCUCCGCAAAGGACACCAGUGCGCUUGCCAGGGCCAACCACGAGCUGUAUGGCCUGCUGAACCCUUAUCUCUACCGCCAAGACGCCCGAACGGGCGGCAGUGCCGCUCUGCUAUGGGCUGGAGAUAAGGGGGUCGAAGAAACCGCCGUCAUCGCCUUACGUUACGGCGCCGAUGUUCGGGCCACCAACGCGCUUAAGCAGACUCCCUUGUUAUUGGCUGCAAAGAAUGGCCAUCACGGGGUUGCCAGUCUCCUCUUACAACAGGAGGAUAUCGACGUCAACUGCCACGCCAUGGUCUUUACCAAGGAAAAAACCGAAGACUACUUCAUCUACGACUACCAGACUCCCAUCAUCUGCGCCGUACGAAAUGGCGACGAGCGCAUGGUCCGUCUCCUGCUGGACCGCCAUGACCUCGACAUCAACGACAUGCACAAAUGCAACAACCGAAAUACUGCAUUAAUAUGGGCUGCUCUCCAAGGGUAUGCUCGAAUCGUCGACUUGUUGUUAUCGCACAAAGACAUUGAAAUCAACGGGAAAAAUCUCCUCGGCAUGUCCGCCCUCUCCUGUGCCGCGCGAGAGGGACAUCAAGCCGUCGUGGAGUCGUUGUUAGCAUUCCCCGAGCUGGAUGUCAACUCCAAGAUCCAUUCAGAUUCCCUGCCACAGCCGGAAUUGCCGCGAAGUUUGGGAUACGCUCGGACGGCGCUGCAGUUGGCUGUUGCGGGUGGGCACAACACGAUAGUCAAGCUGUUAUUAUCGCGGGCAGACAUCGAUACUCGCGCCAGGGACGCUCGGGGCCAUACGCCUCUAGAGGUGGCUGUCAAGGAAGGGAAUACAGAGUCUUACGCUCUCCUUUCGGAACAUUCGAGCUGA